AUGAAUAUAGCUAUUUAAUUGAGAGAUCAUCCAGANUUAUAUAGUAAUCAAACCAUUAGGCAAAACUGAUCAUUUUGAUUAUAACAGAAAAUUGAUUAAUUUCUUUAGUGAAAGAAAUUUAGAUGCUUAUUUCAUUGAUCCAAGAAAGAAAACAAAUCAUGACACUUUUGAAGAUUUGAGAAUUUAUAUUGAAAGAGUAAUUUAUUAUUUUAGAUUAUUAGAAUGGAAGACCUUAUAAUUAUUUACAAAAUGAAUAAGAAUUAAUAAUUUAAUAUUUCAAUUUAUAGAGAAUUAAAGAUUUAACAAUUAAAUAUACAAGAAAAUAAUCUAUAUAAAUUUGGAAGGAGAUUACAAAAGUGAAAAAAGAUAAGAGAUAAGGUUUGGUUACAAAAUAUACAACUUACAUAUAGGAACAAGAAUAAGAGUUAUAAUAAGUCAAACAAUUUCCUUUUAGAAACUAUUUAAUGGAAUUUGUAGUGCCAGUAUUAAAUGAAGGAUUAGUGGAAGUGGCACAUAUUCUACCAGAUGAUCCAGUUGAAUUUUUAGUAUUUAAACUAUAUUAUAAAAAUAGGCAGAAUAUUUGUAUAAAAGGAGUUUUAAUGUUGACAAUGAAUGA